AUGGCGAAUACCGCGAACUCUACCUGCGACGUACGCAAACGUACCGGAGAAUCCAAAUUUCAGAUACAGUCAACUGAGAAUAAGCAUAAUAAUCAGUUUGUAGUUAGUUACAAAAAUCAAUUUUACAAUAUAAAAGACUUUCUUCGAUAUCAUCCUGGCGGAACGAAGACAUUAAAUUUCUUUAAAAAUCGGAGUUUGGAUAAAGCGUUCGAAGAAAAUCCUCACUCGAAAGCGGCGUUUCACCUGUUGCAGGACUUCAUGUUAAACAAUCAAGAAAAAUAUCAAAAAUACGAACAGAGCCUGAUCGAUUGGAACCAAGCUAUACUGGGACAAGUAGGCUCACUAGGCCAGCAUUAUUCGGAAUGGGUCAAUUUACCAGUGAAUAGGGAUAUUAAACUUUUUAAAUCAAAUAUUUUAGAAAGUUUAACAAUUACACCUUGGUAUAUGAUACCCAUAGUAUGGAUUCCGGUAUGUCUCCAUUUUCUUUAUGCCGGAUGGACAUGUAUCAGCACUAAUAAUAUCGAAAGCACUGUGUUUAAAGUUUUAAUCUCGUAUAUAUUCGGUAUAUUUUUAUGGACUCUAUUAGAAUAUGUACUUCAUCGUGAACUCUUUCACUUUGAACCACCCGUUAACUCGAAAAUACUUAUUACUUUGCAUUUUUUACUUCACGGUGUUCAUCAUAAGGCACCAUUUGAUAAUAGAAGAUUAGUAUUUCCUAUUUUACCAGCUGCAUUAACAACAAAAGUGUUAAUAAUGAUCUAUAGUAUGGUGUUUCCACAAACAACUCUUUAUUUUAUUGUAGCUGGUACAUUAACAGGCUAUGUUUUUUACGAUUUGACACAUUAUUACUUACAUCAUGGUGCGCCGAAAGUUGGGACAUAUAUGUACUUAAUGAAAAGAAAUCAUAACUAUCAUCAUUUCUUACAUCAUGAUUUAGGUAAUUUUCCUUUUGUUCUGCAAAAAUUAAGCAGUUCUAUCAUAAAUAAAUCUUUACUCUUUAGGUUUUGGUAUCAGUAGUAAACUAUGGGAUUAUAUGUUCAGAACGAAUAUUUGUUUGCGGAAAUUGACCAAACCAAUUGAA